GUCUAUAAACAAUGUGCAAAGUUUCGAUGAGGACCUCAGACAGUCAUUAUCGUUGUGUCCCUUUAGGGCAUGGUCCAACACGCAGUGGUUGUGACCUCUGAUACUAUAUUUACAAGUCUAUUGUAAAUACUUAUCCGGUAUGAGUAAUGGACCUGGGUCGAACCUUGGAGGAAUGGCUGAGCAACUUAGAUCUAGGUCAGUACCUGCCAAAUUUCCAGGCUGCAGGAAUCACAGAAAUUUCCCAUCUGUUUGCGUUAGAUGACGGCUUUUUGACUGAUGUUGGUGUAUCUCUUCUGGGUCAUCGUAAGAGGAUCCUUGAGCACCUUCCAUCUGUUUCAGGAAGUUCAGCUGGUGAGGAGGAUUAUGUAAACUGUCCUUCUCCACUGGGCUUAGGUCCUCAGGUGGAUGAUAUUUAUGCCAACAUUCCACAGAAUGUAACAGAGAUAGAGAGACGACCAUCUGUGCCAAAGACUUUAGAGCCAAAACCAAGUAAAUCAUAUUCAUUUAAUAAGAAAAAACCUGUUCCAAGACCAAGAGUUUCAAAGACAGCACGGUCCAGCCUUGGGGGUACACAACACAGCCCUAGUGUGACCCCAGAUGAUAACCUUCCUCCCAGUUAUGACACUGUGUUACAGAAUCCCCAGGGCUCCAUCUCUCUGGGAGGUAUCACCAAUGAGGAGUCCUCCACUGAUGACACAGACAUAGACAGAAGUCCAUCUACCGCGUGGCAAAAUGUGGCUCAUGAGGUUCAACAUGACUUUUCUGAUAAUUUUGCUGAUUUUGACUUGGGGAAGGUGAAUAAUGUACAAGGGGUGACUUCUUCUCAGAAUGAAUUGUUUAUGUUAAAUCAUCUAAGUGGAAUACAGAAACAAAAUCAGUCUUCUCCUGGAAAUUACGCAGAGUUUGCCCAAUUUGAAAAUGCAGGGAACAGGUCGUCAGAAACAUAUGAACCAAUAUGGAUGUCAAAGCCAGACACAGAAAGUUCAGGACUGGCAGGAAAGACUGCUCAAGGUUUGUCACCACCUGCUGUACCUGCUGUUUCCACCCCUGAAGCACCACCUCCCUGCAGGGCUUAUUUCCCAUUUGAAGGAAAUGUAAAUGAGAGCUUUGGUAGUGCUAGCACUUAUCCAAGUGUCAGUCCUGUAAGAAAAGAUUUUCAGUUUGAGGAGGACGUUGUGUAUUCCAAUACAGACACUCUUAAAGAGCCAGAUAAAGGACCAUCUAACAGAUCAGUAACAUCAUCUGGUGAAAUUGGAGAUGAAAAUGGUAAAAAAGAUUUGAAUGACUCCACAGAGAGUGAUGGAAUGAACUCAUCAUUUGAUUUACCUCCCCCUGAAUUUGCCCCUCCACCCCUCCCAGAUUCAGGAUCCACCACUGCAAACCUCUCUUUAUUAUCGGAGUUUGACCCUUUAAGUGUUCCAGUCUUUCCCCCAGUACCACCACGUGUCACGGCUAAUUCCCAGAGUCCUUCACAUGGAUAUAUUAACAUUGAUUCUGAAGCAGAAAAACGCACAAAGACUAACACUUCUUUAGAAAACAGAGACAUUUACUCUUUGGCAAACUUUUCCAGUCUGCAAGUCACCAGCACACCUAAAGCCAAAAGCAAUGUGAUCCAGUCAAACUCUGAUCCUUCCCCCUCCCGUUCACCUCAAGACAGACGUCCCUUCCUGUCACAGACUUCCAAUAUGUCUCUGUCAUCAGAUCCCUUCAGAGGGGAGGAUCCAUUUCAUGACUUUCAUGGGGAGUGUGAGGAAUUUAAUGAACAGUUUCCUCUACAGAACAGUAGUGCCCGAUCAGAAGACUUGUAUGAUAAAUGUCUUUAUUCAGAAGCCAGUAGCUCUAGCAGUUCUAGUCCACGACAGACUCUGCCUCAGGGCCACUUGAGUACCUCUUCUGAUCUGUACUCUGUGGCAUCACCUAUUCAAAACUACAGCUCUGAAGACAGUUCUGAUGCUGAUGAAAAGUCCAUUGACUCCAUGGAAAAUGGACUGUCUAACUUGGCCAUGUCUCCUGUGGAAAUUGUACCUGUAGGACAAGUCACUCAGCAAAGAAGAAAUGAAAAAGCAGGUUACCUGUUUAAACAGGGAGGAUUGAAGGGUAAUAAAGGUUGGAGAAAGCGCUGGGUCCUUUUCACAGGAAAUGAUCUGCGUUACUAUGACAGCCGAAAGUCUCAAGUUUCAAAAAGAAUUGUUCCAUUGUCUUAUAUGGAGAAAGUGGAAACACUUGUCAAGGAUAGCGACAAGGACAAAUUUAAGUUCAACCUCCAUACCACCAACCGCGUGUUCCAGUUUGCCGCGGAUUCUCUACAGGAAUGUACACUGUGGUGCAGUACAUUGAUGGAGUGUAUCCUCAAGUACAAGGCACCACCUGGUGGGGAGCCUGUGGGGCUGGAUAUGAAUGAGCCAGAUAAACAGGGUUAUAUUAAAUUUGAGAGACGGAACAAUAAGUAUUAUGUGGCAGUAAAACAAGGAAAGAUGUGUUAUUACCACUCAGAACAGGAUUUUAAACAAGGAUCUCCUAUAAAUGAAAUCGACAUGAAGUUAGCAGCUGUUAAAGAGGUCGGCAAAGGAAAGCUACAGUUAUCUACGCAUUACGCACAUUUUCUAUUGAUGCCAGAGAGCUACAGUGAAUGUGUGCUCUGGAAAAUGGCAUUUGAAGAGGCAAUAGCUGAUGGUCUUGGUGAUAAUACGAUUCUUGAUCAAGUGAUGGAGAACCCCAGUAACAGAGUCUGUGCUGACUGCUCUGCUGAAGAUCCUCAUUGGGCUUCCAUUAAUAUGGGUAUUGUGUUGUGUAAAAAAUGUGCUGGGAUUCAUCGGAAUUUUGAGCAUUCCCUAUCUCGUGUUAAAUCUCUCCGUAUGGAUACCAAAAUAUGGACGCCAAGUCUUAUUGAGUUGAUGAAGGCCAUUGGAAACAAAAAUGCCAAUGAGUUUUGGGAGAAGAGUCUACCGCAAGACACGAGGAUAAACUCAGACACAUCAGCCCCCCAUAGAAAGGCGCAUAUAGAAAACAAAUACAAAGCCAAGCUUUACUGUGAUAAAAUUUCCAUAUCAGACAACCAAAAAGCACUCAAUGAGAUGUUAUUAGCAUUGAGUGAAAAUGAAAAUUUAUUGGAGACAAUGAAAGUUCUCUUCUCAGGUGCCAAUAUUUAUUACACAAAUAGUGAAGGUGAAACUGCGUACAAGAUAGCCAAGCGUUUUGGACAAAGACUCACAAUGGAAUUUCUUUAUCAAAAUGGAGGAGAUCGGACCUCCAACACUUACAGUGACAAUGAUGAGGUUCAGGCAGCCAAGUUACGAGGUGAAGUCUGUCUAGACGGUUAUCUGCAGAAGACGGGGAGUAAAAAGAAAGAUUUCUUAAGGAGGUGGUGUGUUAUUGAACAUGGGUGUCUGCGAUAUUUUUCAAGUCAAACUGAGAGUUCGGUAGCCAAGGACAGUGUUGACAAUGAUAUCAUGAUGUGUGUCCAGGCUGUCACUAUUUCUGACAAGUCAUUGUCUAAUGUGAGAAACUUAAAUAAAAGGUAUCCAGAGGCAUUUGAGCUAAGUACCUGUAAAAAAGACAACAGGGAGUAUUUAUUUGCUGCCUCCACUCCUCAAGAAAAGAAAAGCUGGAUGGUUGCAUUAGCUAAGUUAUUUUGCCCCAUCUCUCUAAUGGAAGAUGUUGGUCAGUCUGAGUUUAACUUGGCUGGUAACUUCUACAUCAAGGAUGUUGCCUCUGAGUGGGAGAAAACUUGGUUGAUGAUCAACAACAGAAUUCUAGAGUAUUAUGACCAGAAUAAACAAGAAUUCUGCAAAAUUGAUCUCAGGAAAGCUUUUAAUAUUAAAUACAGUGAAUCCACUCUUGCAUGUAAAGUUUGUAUGGAAGUGGGCAAGUGUUUGGCACUGGAUGUUCAUGGAAAGUCACUGUAUUUUCAAGCAGAUCUUGCUCGAGACACAGAAAGGUUGUUAAACGCAUUCAGUAAAGCCAUGAAAACAGGAGGAGACACAUUAGAGGACCAACAUCUAUCUCCAUCAAAUGUCCCGGUGAUCAUUGAAAAGUGUGUCUGUUUUAUUGAAGACUAUGGUAUACAAGAGGAGGGAAUCUACCGACUGUCAGGGGUGAAAUCCAAAGUACAGGCUCUACUGGACAAAUUCAUGUCAGAUGCUCACUCGGUGGUGCUACAACAGGGGGUGAACCAGGUCCAUGAGGUGGCAGCUUGUCUCAAAUUAUUCUUCCGCAGUCUCAAGGACCCCCUCCUCAUGAGCUCCAAGUAUCCUAUGUGGAUUGAAAAUGCUGGUCGUAUGGAUCCACAAGUGAAGUUAGAGUGGUACCAGUUUCUGAUAAGAGAACUUCCACCCAUAAAUUACAACACACUCAAGCGACUUAUACACCACUUCAACAGGCUAUCAAAGUACUCAGCCCAGAAUAAGAUGACAGAAAAGAACAUAGCCAUUGCCUUUGGUCCAACAUUAAUGCAGACUGAAGCAGAGUCUGAAGUUAACAGCACACACGUACAGUUACAGAUGGUUGUGAUAGGAGACAUCAUGAAACAUCACCAGAAACUAUUCAAGUUGGAGGAUGAAGAGAAGAUGAUGCAGGAGAAGGUAGACAUGGGAAAACAGAUUUUAGAAGUCAUUAACAAUAGCAGAGAAAGUGUGGAUAUUAAUGAGUCGUUAAAGAUCAGUGUUUAUUUCCUCAGUCGUAACGGCAACACAUACAAUCCAGAGAUUAAUAUCCACACCACAGUUAAACAAGUGAUUGAUCAGCUAAAACACAGAUUUAAUGCAACCCAUGAAGAUUACACCUUGCAUGAAGUUCUGUGUGAUGGAGGCUUGGAGCGUCCCCUCCACAACACAGACACCCCCCACUCUGUGGUCAAAGCUUGGUGGAACUGGCCGGAGUGUUACAGGAAACAGGCGUGUCUCUGUCUAAAGCCCACAUCUGAUCUCAUGCUGAAACUGUCCAACAUGUAUGAUCCAAGUCGAGCUCUGUUUGCUGAUAUAAAGUUGAUAGAAAAGAAGCCUUUAGGAUUGCUGAGUAAAUCCAAUAAGUAUGCAUUCCAGUUCCAGCAGUCCAGACUGUCAUACUACAAAGACGCCAAAUCAGCUGGUGGAUCACCUGUAGGGUCCUGGAAUAUUGAGGAUUUGGUCAUUUAUUAUGGAAUGGAUCCCUUAAUAAGGAAAGGUGACAAAUAUGGAGUCACAUUUCUUAAAAGAGGAGAAAUCCCAGGAUCUAAGGAGACCCCAAUUUUUGGACACACCUUGUGUUUUUCUUCAGAAAGCGAGUCACUGUAUUGGAUGUCUGCUAUGCUUGUGGCUCAGCACCCUGAGGGAUUGCUAGUGUGAGGGUACGGGGAUCUAGCAGUUCUGUAGAGGUAGAUACACUCCACAUAUCCACCCCAGUGUGGGAGACCGAAGCUACUGCUGUACAGUUAACUACAAAACUUCUCCAAUCGUGUUCAAGUAAUCUGACAUAUCUUUGUUACAAAGUGUAUAGAUUGGGUGCUUUAUGUGAAUUAAGAAGUUGUUGAACUUGUUAUCCUGGAAUGCAUUUGAAUGUAAAUCAUUUACUUUGUGUGUGAGAUUUCUCUAAACACAUUGCCAGUAGAAGUAUGCUUAGAAUAUAUGUUAGGCUUCCAAUACAGUGAAGCAGUUUUCUGUGGGUUGUAUUUCAUUUUCCAUGAUAUUUUCAAAUUGAAACAUAAUGAAUUAUUUUCUGUCCUUUUAAUCAAGUAAAUUGAUGCCUAGUUUGAGAAAUAGAGAACACUGUAUUUUAAUGUAUGUUUUUAAAAAAGUAAGAUUGAGCACUCAAAUAUUUAUACAAAAGAUAUACAGUAUUUUUCAGAUUGCAGAAUAUCUUUGAAAGGAAAUGAUCAAUACUAAUAGUUACCUUACAUAGAAAUGUAAAUAAGUUAUUUUUGACAGGAAUCGUGCAGGAUUCAUAUUGUAGAUAAUGUACAUAUGUAUUUAAUGUAUAUAUUGUAAAGUCAUGUAUUUAUAUUUCAGUUGUAAAUUAAUAAGUAUAAAAGUGACACAUAUAUGUAAAUAGAGUAUUAUGUAUAUAUUUAUUGCAAGAGAUGUUUAUUUUUACUGUUGAGAUAUUACUUUCUUAAUUGUUUUUAUACAUGGAAAAAAAGAUGAAGUCUAGAUUGGAAUAUGUUGUAGUGUAAUGAUGAAAAGAGAAUGAUUAUUUUUUUUAAAGAAGAAUUUUUGUACUUCUUCAGAGAGACCAUUAACUGUAAUGGAUAAAUCUUUAUUGAUCACUCUUAUUUUCCGAGUAGACUUAUCAAAUGAACAAUAAUUUUGUACUUUUUUGGAAGUGCUUUAUUUGCCAAAUAUAUAGUGUUGUAGAUUUGAAUUUUUUUUUUUACAUAAAAUGUUUAAUUUUUCUAUGAAGUGCAAUAUAAAGAAGUUUUAUUUGAAAGAAUUUUUUUCUAUAAUUAAACACUUUUGUGCAUAUAUGUAUGUCAUCUUCAUAAAGGUAGCUUUAGAAGUGUCAUCGUCAUUUACACAGUUGUAAUUUUUAGUGCAUUUCUUGGUUAUAGUAUGCAGUUCUUUCUUUCUGUAAAUAAAGUUAAUUGCACAUAACAAGUAUAUGUAGCAUAUGAUAAAAUGUGCUUACAAAUGAAAAUAAUCUUGUUUUAUUUGAAAUCGUUAUGCAUAUGAAUUUACUUCAUUUGAAAUUGUUUUAACAAUGAGAGGAAUUUGGUUUUUUAUGUAUUGUUCUUAAUGAUUUACAUUUGAUAUUUUAGGUAUAAUUUUUUUAUUACAUUUUUCAAUGUAGGUUGAAUGUUUUGUAGUUGUAUCUUUGUGAGUGACUGACUAGCAUCUUGGUACACCAAGGAGAAGACCUGUCUUCUUGCUUAUUCUGUUUCUUUGUUAAUAGCCAUUGGUUCCCUGUAAGUUAACAUGCAUGUACAUAAGAUAAAGACUAAAUACUUUUUUUGAGAGAGAUACAUAAAUGUUGAAAACAUUAAUAAUGUGGAAAGGUCAAAAUACCACUAAAUCAUAAUUGUCAAAAUUUCCAAAGAGCAAUCUCAAAUUUUAAUACACUGUUCAAUUUUUAACUUGCAAUAUCGCUGAAAAUACCGAAAUUGUCAAAACAUAACCAUUCAAUGAAACCUUGGUGUCAGUGCUUUCCUCCACAUAUGCAGAAUAAUUCCAAUGCAACAUUUCAUUUCAUCAAGCCGUUUAUCAAAGUCAUGUUCUGUCUAACUUGCUGGUGCUAGAUUUUUACUUGCUUUGAGUAAAUUUUAAAAAAGGGAAAGGAAGUCAGGGUAAUAACUCAUAAAAACAGUAUCUUGUCUGAUGAAAUUGAACUGAAAAGUAAUUAAUACUUGUAAAACCUUAAACAUGUAUAAAUUUUUUAAAUCAAAAGUAAAAGACAUUGAAUUUUUCCUUUAAUUUUUUUCAUAAUCUGUUAUAUUUGACAUUGAAUUAGAAAGUACUCUCCACUCACUUAUAAUUAGUUGUUCUGCUAUAUGUUGUUUACUUCAUCAUUACCUGUAUAUAACAAAGCUAGUGCUGGCACUUAAUAUACAAGACAAGUUUAGCACCGAGUACCUAUCUGUUUUAUAAGCAAGCAUAAAAUGUCACGAGUUGUACAUGUUGUAAUUGUGUU